CUGAGCCUCCCCACUAUCCAAGCCCACGGCGACGUCGGCCUGCUGGACCGCCGCUGCCUCGCCGGCCACGACUUCUCCCGCGGCGACGUCGUCGUUUUCAGGUCGCCGACGUACCAUCGAAGAAGGUCGGUCCAGAGGCUGAUUGCGCUGCCGGGCGAUUGGAUCCAGAUCCCGGAGAAGCGGGAGAUCCGGCAGGUCCCCGACGGCCACUGCUGGGUUGAAGGGGACAAUGCCGGCCACAGCUGGGACUCGAGACACUAUGGUCCUGUUCCUCUGGGUCUGAUGGAAGGGAGGAUCACACACAUAAUCUGGCCACCUGAUAGAAUACAACGAGUUGACAGAAUGGUGCCAGAAGGCAGGAUUAUGCCUCAACAUCGACAUGUUUUCUGAUCCGCUACUUUAGGCUUCUCAUCUACUCUCCCCGUCUCAAAUUAUAAGUCAUUCCA